CGGUCACACUCUCUCCACUGCCGCUGGCUGAUCUCGACCUCACCUGCUGGUGCUGGCCCUUCCUAACGAAGCAAGCCACGACGCCCAGGCAGGACCUGCAUCUAGUUAAUAGUAGCCUAGUAGGCAUCGGCCCGGUCCCCUCGUUAUAAAUUCCGCGCCCACCACCUCCCUGCUUGUCUGCUCGGCGCUCGCUCGCUCGUUCGCGCUUCGCUCCCUUCCUUCCGUUUCGCUCGCUGCCGCGGACACGCCGCACACGGUCGAGGAGACGACAGCUGCCGCGCGGCACUGGGCUCGGGGGAGCUGGACCGCCGGGCGAGGACAAGAGACGGUAUCGAUGGCCUACGCGCGCACCGUGAUGGCGGCGGCCGCCUCUGCGCUGCUGAUGGCCGUGGGCGUGCGGUUCCUGGGCCCCGCGGCGGCGGCGUUCGUGGAGGAAGAGCUGCCGCGCGCCCGCGCGGUGGCCGCCACCUGGCUCACGCCGCCGUACCUGUACCUCGUCAUCAACGCCAUCAUCAUCUCCAUCGCCGCGUCGUCCCGCUUCCAGUCGAGCGGCGGCGCCGGCGGACGUCCGUCAGCCCCGUCGUAUGCGCCCGCCGCGGACCCCGACGCCGACGCCAUCGGAGGAGAAGGAGCGGGCGAGGAGAUGGAGCAGCAGCAGGAUGGGAUCCAGCCGGCGGUUGCGUCGUUGCAGGUGCCUGCGGCGGUGCCCGUGGUGGCAGCGAAGGCCGCGGAGGUUGCUGCUGUCGUCGAGGAGCCAGUGGUGGUGGAGAUCCACACUGUAGCGGUGGCGCCGGAGGGCGAGGUGGACGAGGACUAUUCGGUUUCGAGGUCGACAUGGACGCCGCGUCGGAGGGGCGCGGAGCCGGAGGUGGCGGCGGAGGUGCCGCCGUUCGCGGACCUGACCAACUCCAGGAAGAAGCCGCUCGUGUCGGCGAGGUUCAGCAGGAAGGCGACCAAACCAAGCCCCGAAGGUAGCAGGGCUCUGCGGGUGGCGCGGCCGCGGAAGGAGGAGACGCUGGAGAGCACGUGGAAGGCCAUCACGGAGGGCCGGGGGCCGACGCUAGCUCGGCACCUCAAGAAGUCCGACACCUGGGACACCCGUCCCGGGCGCCGCCCGUCCGGCGGCGGCAGCAGCGGGGAGGUCGAUCCAGCGGCCGCGGCACCGGCGGGGACGAUGCGGAAGGCCGAGACUUUCAACGACGGUGGCGCCGGAAGGAGCAGACCUGCUCCCGCUGCGCUGGUGCGGCGGGAGCCGUCGCUGGGGCAGGACGAGCUGAACCGCCGCGUGGAGGCGUUCAUCCACAAGUUCAACAUGGAGAUGCGGCUGCAGCGGCAGGAGUCGCUCAAGCACUACAACGACAUGAUUGGCAGGGGCAGGGGCAGCCGUUAGUGGGAAGUCUUGCUGCAAAUAGCUGCGGCUCCGCAAGAAGGAUUCUGCUUUUUUGUUCCGUGAUAUUUCUCGAUUUUGGUUCUUGGUCUCUGUAAGAUAUGGUUUUGUGUAAAUGGUUUUAUCAAGUAACGAGGACAAGUUCGAUCGUACUAAUUGGUAGCAGUGACAGGUGCUGGUUACUGAUGCCCUGGCUAUCUUCAGCAGGCAACAUAAACUGCCGUGUAAAAUACUGUUUUACGGUAUAGAUUGUACUGUUUGCAAACUGAAGUUUAAAAUAGAAAGUGAGAUAUGAAAUGUGAUA